AUGGGGGAAUGGACGAUACUAGAGAGGCUCCUAGAGGCUGCUGUCCAGCAGCACUCUACUAUGAUAGGAAGGAUCCUACUAACUGUGGUGGUGAUCUUUCGGAUUCUCAUCGUAGCGAUAGUUGGAGAGACAGUUUACGACGAUGAACAAACCAUGUUUAUUUGUAACACUUUACAACCUGGUUGUAACCAGGCGUGCUACGACAAAGCAUUCCCCAUAUCUCAUAUCCGAUAUUGGGUAUUUCAGAUCAUUAUGGUUUGUACUCCGAGUCUUUGUUUUAUUACAUAUUCAGUUCACCAGUCAGCAAAGCAAAGGGAGCGCCGUUACUCCACAGUGUUUCUCACGGUGGAUAAGGAUCAAGAUUCAAUGAAACGGGAAGACAGUAAAAAAAUCAAAAACACUAUCGUAAACGGAGUACUGCAAAACACGGAGAACUCCACAAAAGAAGCUGAACCCGACUGUUUGGAAGUCAAAGAAAUCCCCAAUGCGUCUAUGAGAACUACAAAGUCAAAAAUGAGACGACAAGAGGGCAUCUCAAGAUUUUACAUCAUCCAAGUGGUUUUUAGAAACGCUUUGGAAAUUGGGUUCUUAGUCGGUCAAUAUUUCUUGUACGGAUUCAACGUCCCCGCGGUGUACGAGUGUGAUCGAUAUCCCUGCAUCAAAGAUGUGGAGUGUUAUGUCUCCAGGCCGACGGAAAAGACCGUGUUUCUAGUCUUCAUGUUUGCGGUCAGUGGUUUCUGUGUGGUUCUGAAUUUGGCAGAACUGAACCAUUUGGGAUGGAGGAAAAUCAAAACGGCCGUGAGAGGAGUGCAGGCUAGGAGAAAGUCAAUUUAUGAAAUUAGGAAUAAAGACUUACCUCGCAUGAGUAUGCCCAAUUUCGGUCGCACUCAGUCAAGUGACUCUGCUUACGUGUAA